GAAUCGAACAAGCAACGCCUAAUUAUCAGCUUCGGGACAAGACGAACUACGAUAGGAAAAGUACGAAGCGUUGUUGAGUUGUUGGUUGAAGGUUGGUUAAGCUUUUGGUUUUUACGGUUUUACCUAUAUACUUCUAUUGCUUACACUUAUUUGCCACGCCUUAAACAUUUUUAGUUUACAUCGUACGCUUAUUUUCGAAUCUGCAUGCGAAUAUAAAUACCGCCUUUGCUAUGGCGAAUACAUCUCAGAUCGGAAUCCCUGUCCUUCAAUUUUUGCAGUCACAGUCAACUAAAUUACUAUUUUAGACCGUAAACAUUUCUUCUCCACUUCAAUAUUUAAAGCAAAUUUAACACAUGAAUACAACUAUAUAUGUCUUGGUUAAGGAUAAGUAUUUAGUAGCAGCACGCGCUUGAUUGUUUUCUAUGUAACUCGUGCAGUUGCUGAAUGAUGAACUCGUUAGCCUUGGGAACACAAGUUCCAGGUCGUUCUCUACAUAUAUUCAAUAUAUAAGCUAGUUGGUUCCUUAACUUUGCAAAGCGAAACGUUUCCAACACAGCAAGCCGCGCGUCGGCUGCUAUCUUAUAGCUAGGUGUGGUUAAAAGUUUUUGAUGGACCAAUACACUCUCUAGCUAUAUAUGCAGUUUUUAUGGAAGCACUAUGGAAUAAUGUUCAGUUUUGCAAUUCAAUUGGGUUAGAUGACCAAAUAAAAUCAGAAAAAGGUGAACAUCACGAGAAUUUGUGAUCGAAUUAUAAAACAAUUCUUAAGAGAGCCAACACGGUUGGAUUUCUAUGAUUUACAUACUAUGAUUUACAUACUGUAGGAAUGUCCAUCGUGCCUAUAGACUUAGUUUGUGACUUUGUAUAGGGUUAGCUGUACGUUAUAAUGUUAACCAUAUAUUCAAAAUUGUGAAGCGGAAACAACCCCAAGGUUAGAUUUGUUUAGGUGUAAUAUUAACCUAUAACGCCCUAUAAUUUUCCGCCUUACGAGUUAUUAGAGAGUUUACGCAUGCAUGCAUGCGUGCAUGCAUGCAUGCAAGACGGCAACGUCAGGACGACGGCAUCAAUACAAUGUCAUUCAUUAACCCUAUAGGCUAUAGCACAAAAGAAAUGAACAAUUAAAAGUAUAGUAGGAGUUUCAGAUGUCGUCCAAGCUAUGUUGAAGACGGCAAAAUGCAUAACUAUUUUCACGCCUCGUAAAGUACGCUAAAAUCUCUGAAGGUUAAAGCUCUGUUUUACUCAUUCAAACUGUUAUAAAUUCAUACGAAAGUAAAUACAAGACAAUAUUUCCAUACAAUCAUUUAUUUCAAACAGUUCUUUAAUAAUAAACCGCGUCGUCCUUUCAUGACGCCGCCGCGUUACAUGCGUAAACUCCAACAUGAGCUCCACCUUUGAAUUUACUAUAUGAGUAAAUUCUUAAACACGUCCGAAUUUAUCAUUAUGAUAAAUUCGCGGCACAUUUUGAAUUUAUCAAUAGAGUUAAUCAUAAAACCACAAGUAUUAGACAAGGUUUCUUGCUAUAAAUGUAAUGGCACUAAAGGCAGGCUGGUCGCGCGGAGGUGGGGAGUUUUUCAAGUUUUUAAAAAAAAUAGUUUUUAAAAAAGUUUUAAAAAGUUUUGAAGAGUUUUGAAAAGCAAAAAAAGUUUAAAAAGUUAGGUUUUUAAAAAAAGGGUAAAAAGGGUAAAAAAGUUGUGGUUAGUGGUUAGUGGUUAGUGGUUAGUGGUUAGUGGUCAGUGGUUAUAGUGGUUAGUGGUUAUAGUGGUUAGUUGUUGGCGUAGGGGCAUAGAAAUAAUAGACAUAGAAUGCGUGCUCCUAUCUCUUUACAGUAAAAAUUUUGUCUCCACAAAAUGGCGGAUUUAUAAGGGCAUUUUGGCUAGUCCCAGACUCCUGUGGCGUGGAAUUUCGCGCGGUGCCGGGAGUGCGAAUUGUUUUUUUCAACAAAGUUUGCAAAAACAAUUCUAUCCAGACUUGAAGUGGAAAAAAAGUGUUUUUAAUGGAGAAAAACCCAUUCCCGUGGGAUUAUUUACGAAGAGCAAUAGUUCUGAACAGAUUAUAUAGAGAAAUCGUCGUUUCAAAAUACAUUUUCAACGUUGUUGUGCAAGCCAAAACAAAACACGAAAAAUCAAGACAAACUGAAACUCAAUAGGUAUGUUUUAAAAAAUAUAUUUCAACUGUUUUAUAAUAUAAAUAGUGUUCAAUAAUCUUUUUAAACUUACACAACUACUUUUUAUACUUUUUUUAUACGUUGCUUGAGCUUGAGGCAACGCUUUUGAAACCAUGUGUUUUCGACGAUCAUUUAGGCGAUUUACAGUUUUAAAUAUCAACAACUAAAUAUUUUUGUUUCAAAAACAUGAAAACACUUCGUAUAGAUUGAAGAAAAACAAAACCCGACGAAGAAUGAACUAUCAUCUCGUAAUUUUAUAAAGUAUUAGCAAAACAGUUACGUUCAGAGCUUGCAAAAAUGUUUUAUGAGUAAGUUAUAUUUUAUACGCGAUACUACACGAAAAAACUACUUGUUUUUUAUACAAGGCUGCACGAUUUUCACCGUUUUUGUAACGGCACAUUUGCUUUGAGCCUUUAAAGAACUUAAUAUUUCAAAUUCUAUCCCCAAACUACAAAUACCAAACGUUUUGACGAUGAAAACUUUAUAGUUUUAGUUUUGUUUAUACUUUGUAGUUUGCACUCCUACUCAUUCAAAUAUAUAGGCAUUUUUGUUUUCAGUUUGGACACCGGUGACGUGACCAAGCACGCAUUCUAGGUCUAAUAUUUCUAUGGGUAGGGGUUAGGGUCAGUGUUAGGUGCGCGAAUUUAUUAUUAUGGUAAAUUCAAAAUUUGCCGCGAAUUUAUCAUAAUGAUAAAUUCGGACGUGUUUAAGAAUUUACUCAUAUAGUAAAUUCAAAGGUGGAGCUCAUGCUGGUAAACUCCCUAUUGUGGGUGUAUGUAUUUAAUUUCUUUAGAGACGCUAUCCUCAUCAGCUAUACGGCUGGUUUUCAUGAGGAACGUCUAUAUUUAGCUAUUUACAAGUAUAUAUAAAAAUGAAGAAAAAAACUAAUUAACCCACAGACCCAAAAAGAAUAUUACCCAGAACAUAAUGUGUAGUUACAAAUGGAAUAACAAUUAAAAACGAGAUUCAAAUAAGUCUUUUGAAACAAUAAAUCGAAUGAGCAGACUUAGCCUCAGCAGAAAGACUACUCCACAGUACAGCUCCACUGUCGAGAUAUAAUGAACCCAUGUAAAAGCUAGUUGACUACAUGCAUUGUUUAAUUCAAAUUUAUCAAUGCCUUAUGUAAGCUGGGUAUUUCAAGGGCAAGAAAUUACUAUUGGAGAUUAUACCACUGGCCAUUCAGUCUAAAGGAAAUCUUUCCCACGCUGUCCUUCUAUGCCAUGUCCAAACAAGCAUGCAAGCUAAACAACGGCUUAAAAUUUUAACAGGAAACCCGAAUAGAAUAUAUUACAAUCUAAGCAUUAUGAACAUUGUGGUGCAAUCAUUAUAUGGUUAUUGCUAGACAAUUAAUGUGAAGGCGUUUCCUGACAAUUUCGAUAACUGGCUAUGCUAUGUCGUACGAUCAAGUGUUUAUGUACUGGAUAAAACAUGAGCAGCCGAUAUUUAUCUGAUGUAAAAACUCGAGCCGAAGGCGAGAGUUUGUAUAUCAGAUAAAGAUCGGAUGCGAAUGUUUUAUCGCGCUUAUAAAACGACCCAUCUUAUGAGUUCAUUGGCUCGUCGUAACGGCGAUUUCGUUGACGCACGCGUUUAGCUUCCCCCACGAAAAGGUUGCACAUCAACAGUAAUUAACAGUAAUACUAUUAAACAGUUUAAUCCCAAAUUUUGAAAUUUUCAGAGCCAAAACCCACUGGAGCACCUUGCCCAAAGAAGCAAAAAAAAUUUCGUUCGUGGCCCUGCUUUUGGAGCCUCUUUUUAAUUUUUGGGCUUCGCUUUUGGGGGCCUCGGACGCUUUGGGGCCCGCGCUGUUUUGAUCACAAAAAACCCGUUUGGGGCCCCGCUCUUUGGAGUCUCGAUAUUUAAAUUGGGGCUGACGUUUUCUGGGGGCCCUGGCCCGGCUCUUUGGGGCCCCGCGCUGCAACACUGAAACAGGGAAAAACCCGUUUGAGGCCCCGGUUUUGGGGCCCCGCUUUUCACCUCGCGUUUUCUGGGCGACUUGGGCUUUUUGGAGCCCCGCACUGUUUGGGCCCAGCGCUGAAACAGGGAACAAAAAAUUCGGAAAAAUAGAAGAGAGUAAGCGCGGCGCCCGCGGCAUAAUAUGCCGCUUCUGUCAUAUGGUUAAUCGGGCACUGCUUCGCUAGGCUAUAUACCCAGCUUUAUCACUAGCAAACUUCACUAGAUUUAGACAAGCAUAUAAAACUUGUCAAUAAAUACUUGAUAUUAAAUACUUGCUGGUAUAACUGCUCUAAAAUGAGCAUGCAUCACAACUGAAGCAUAUCUGUGGUCCACAGACAAGCUCAAUGCCAAUAUAGAUUAGUGAAUCCCAGUUUCUUUUAUAUAUUAACAGCUAUAUAAGUUAUAUAGAUAGCCAUAGCUAGAAGCCAACAUUGUUGGCCAAACCACAUCCAACAAUUUUCAAGUAAAUUAUACUAUAUUUAAGUCGGAGACGCGAAGAAUUUCAAUUUCAAUAAAUAUUUUAUCCCAAAUAUAAGCAGUUAAACCAAAUAUGAAUAAUGGGUGGGUUAAUGUUGAAUCCGUUCAGAACGGACAGUUUAUAAUUAAAGUAGAAAGGGGUCGGUAAUCAGUAUAGUCUGUCGCGCUUUUAUUUCUUUUACAACACCAGGAGAAAGACUACGGAAUCACAUACAGAUUGAUAUACUUUGAUAUACUGUACAGGGUGUCCAAAAAAAAACCCCGGAAACUAUUGAAAUCACCAAUAACAAUUUAAUUGUUAGAAUUUGAAUGCCUUAGCGCUCUGUUGGUUCCCACGAGUGCAUAAAUGAUUGACAGAAGUAAAUUUUAUGCAUAAAGAAACUGUUUAAGAAGCUGUUUUUAAUUCCCAGGAGCAAAAAAUCGCGCACUUUACUAGGAGAUGUUCCUAACUAAAUUCUACUACCUGCACCUUGUCAAUAUUUUACGCAUCAUUACGUCCAGCUGUUUGGUAGGGCAUUCAAAUUUAACAAUAAGUGAUUUCUAUAGUUUACGUUUUUUUUGGGACACCCUGUACAGGGUGUCUCAAAAAAAAACCAAAAUCAUUGAAAUAACGUAUUGUUCGAAUUUCAAUGCCGUAACACAAAGGAUUUUGACAGGGUGAUUAAUUUGUUUUAAAAAAUUAAAAUAUCUUUGUAAAGUGAACGUUUGUUUGCUCAUGGGAAUUUAAAAAUAUGCUUCGUAAAUUGUAAUAUGCGUAAUAUGCAUUCGUGGGUUUAGUACUUUAUGCCUGACAUAACAAGUUUACGCUGAGUAUUACCAUUCAUUAUAGCAGUUAUGUCAAUCUUUUAUGCACUCGUGGGAUUAACUUAGUGCUAGGGCAUUGAAUAUCGAACAAUACGUCAAUUUCAAUGAUUUUGGGUUUUUAUGAGACACCCUGUAUAGUGUUGUGUUUGCGGAAUUUGUCUUCUACCAAGAAUUGUCAAUAACAAGUCAUAUACGCAGUGACGCAUGCAUGAGAUCCGAUUAUCUCUCCGGUGCUAUAUUGAGUGGUCAAUGAUGAGUAAAUCCUUUGUCCGACUUGAAUUAAUUAUCCCCGUUCAAUGAUCACUAACAAUGAUUCGUGCAUGGUUGCAUCGCUGACCGACAGCAAUCCGCGUGACGUACUGUAAGGCUUAAAAUAUGCAACCAAGCACUGCUCGCUUCAUUCUGUUCAAGAAUCGAACAAGCAACGCCUAAUUAUAAGCUUCGAGACAAGACGAACUACGAUAGGAAAAGUACGAAGCGUUGUUGAGUUGUUGGUUGAAGGUUGGUUAAGCUUUUGAUUUUACGGUUUUACCUAUAUACUUCUAUUGCUUACACUUAUUUGCCACGCCUUAAACUUUUUUAGUUUGCAUCAUACGCUUAUUUUCGAAUCUGCAUGCGAAUAUAAAUACCGCCUUUGCUAUGGCGAAUACAUCUCAGAUCGGAAUCCCUGUCCUUCAAUUUUUGCAGUCACAGUCAACUAAAUUACUAUUUUAGACCGUAAACCUUUCUUCUCCACUUCAAUAUUUAAAGCAAAUUUAACACAUGAAUACAAUUAUAUAUAUGUCUUGGUUAAGGAUAAUUAUUUAGUAGGCCUAGUAGCAGCAAGCGGUUCAUUGUUUUCUAUGUAACCCGUUCAGUUGCUGAAUGAUAAACUCGUUAGCCUUGAGAACACAAGUUCCAGGUCGUUCUCUACAUAUAUUGAAUAUAUAAGCUAGUUGGUUCCUUAACUUUGCAAAGCGAAACGUUUCCAACACAGCAAGCCGCGCGUCGGCUGCUAUCUUAUAGCUAUAGGUGUGGUUGAAAGUUUUUGAUGGACCAAUAUACACUCUCUAGCUAUAUGUGCAGUUUUUAUGGAAGCACUAGGGAAUAAUGUUCAGUUUUGCUAUUCAAACCAAAUAAAAUCAGAAAAAGGUGAACAUCACGAGAAUUUGUGAUCGAAUUAUAAAUCAAUUCUUAAGAAAGCCAACACGGUUGGUUUUCUAUGAUUUACAUACUAUGAUUUACAUACUGUAGGAAUGUCCAUCGUGCUAAUAGACUAUGGCAGCGUUUACACUGUACCGUUUUCGUAGCGUUCUCGUAUUGUUCGAGAGAACUAGACUAUUGUCUUGCGUUCCCUUGAGGAUUAAGAACAAUACGAGAAAGCUACGAAAACGGUACAGUGUAAACGCUGCCUUAGUUUGUGACUUUGUAUAGGGUUAGCUGUACGUUAUAAUGUUAACCAUAUAUCAAAAUUGUGACGCGGAAACAACCGAAAGAUUAGAUUUGUUUAGGUGUAAUAUUAACCUAUAACGCCCCGCUAUAAUUUUUCCAGACGCCUUACGAGUUAUUAGGGAGUUUACGCAUGAAUGCAUGCAAGACCGUAACGUCAGGACGACGGCUAUCAAUACAAUGUCAUUCAUUAAUCCUAUACCACAAAAUAAAUGAAUAAUUAAAAGUAUAGCAGGAGUUUCAGACGUCGUCCAAGCUAUGUUGAAGACUGCAAAAUGCAUAUUUUCACAUCUUGUAAAGUACGCUAAAGUCUCUGAAGGUGAAAGCUCUGUUUUACUCGUUCGAAACUGUAUUAAAUUCAUACGAAAGUAAAUACAAGACACUAUUUCCAUACAAUCAUAUCAUUUAUUUCAAACAGUUUAACUACCUAUUGUCGAGAUAUAAUGAACCCAUGUAAAAGCUAGUUGACUACAUGCAUUGUUUAAUUCAAAUAUAUCAAUGCCUUUAUGUAAAGCUGGGUAUUUCAAGGGCAAGAAAUUACUAUUUGAGGUUAUACCACUUGCAUUGCCAUUCAGUCUAAAGGAAAUCUUUCUCACGCAGUCCUUCUAUGCCGUGUCCAAGCGAACAAGCUAAACAACUGCUUAAAAUUUUAACAGAAAACCCGAAUACAAUAUAUGACAAUCUAAGCAUUUAUGAACAUUGUGCAGGUGCAAUCAUUAUUUGCAGGUUAUUUCUAGAUAAUUAAUGUGAAGGCGUUUACUGACUAUGGGCAUGGCACUAUGGGCACAGAACUUGCAAAGUUUGUUCUAACGGUACCUAUCACAGUAGUUAAAAUACAGUACCUACCAACACUACCUAAAGUUUAUACAAAAUUUUCUUUUUGCGGAAAAUUUUCCUUAGUAGAAAUGGGGCUUAAACUUAAUGCUAUUUUUUUAAUUUGUUUUGUUAAAUUGGACUACAUACAAUGAAUUCUUAUAGUACACCAAGGAAACCAAAUAUUGAAUUGUGUAAAACAUGAUAAAUGUUAAAUUGGACUUUUGUUAAAUUGGACUACAUACAAUAAAUUUCUUGAUAGUACACAAAGGAAACCAAAUAUUGGAUUGUGUAAAACAUGGAAAACAACCUAUUGCUUAUGCUCAUGCCAAUUAAACGAUAUUGCUUAUGCUUACCUCUAUUGCUAUAUAUGCUCAUGCCAAUUAAAAGAUAUAUUUCAGCAAAAUCGAAAGCUGUGAAUAGCAAUUAUCAAUGUAUUAACACCAUCUGUCUCAAGUAGAAAUUAGAAUCACUUAAGAACUGAAUGAUUCCCUACCAAAAGCAUCGUUACAAAGUGCAAAAAUUUCUGUAAUGCGGCUUUACUUAACUGGACGAUUCGAGCACAGUACGCGCGAGCAAACUGAUAUUUUCAGUAAACUUAUCAAAGAAAAUCUUGUCAGGCAGUACAGGCACUUACUAUUGUUUUUCAUCCAAUGGUUUUCAAAUGGGUACCGGUGUUGAUAAAUAAACAGAUUGUCUAUAGCAAUCUAGAUAUUAUACCAUAAACCCCUAGUUGAUCACAUUCUAUUCUGAUUUCGUUGUAUAGGUAUAAACAAAAUGGCGUUAGUAACUCAAGGGUUGCAAACAAUUACCUUUGUAUUAUUCUUGGCAAUAUCGCCAUCUUUCGCUGCCCCAAAUUCGAUAUUGGUGGAAUGGGAUAACACACAAGGUAAUUAUUAUAAAUUUUACGUCAAAAGUGAGAUAAUAAGUCCUGCAAUUAUAAAGUUUAAUAUUGUUAGCUUGGUCAUGGGAAGAGGGUCGCGGAGGUAUCCCUUGGAUUUGUUUAUUUUGGGAUUUGUGUCACUUAUUUUGGAUUUGUUUAUUUUGGGAUUUGUGCCACUUCUUCUUUCUUAUUUUGGAAUAUUAAGAUUUUCAUCAGAUGUUUUGCUGCUGGGAAUGCCUGCGAUGGCUAAUCAACGGGUCGCGAGAGUGGGAUUCGGCAAAAUUUUCAUUUAUUUGCUGGGACAAUUUCCAAAGUAACACUGCUUGCUCACAUUUGUUAAUUUAUUUAUACUUCCAGAAACUUGCAAAUCCGAUGCGGUCGUCCCAUUUGGAAUAGAAAAUGGAAGAAUUUCUGACUCCCAGAUAACGUCAUCAUCUGUUUGGAGUGCGGCUUUAUCGACACGACGAUCUCGAUUAAAUGGCGCAGCUUCCUGGACGGCACGCCAAAGGGAUCAGAACCAAUGGAUUCAAGUCGACCUUGGCAAAGAGGAAGUUGUGACAGUAAUUGCAACUCAAGGACGAAGUAAUGCAGACCAAUGGGUGAAGGCCUAUUCUGUUUCGUACAGUUCAGAUGGACAAAGCUUUGACUAUUACAAAGUAAAAGGCACAGUCAUGGUAAGGCCUAGCUCUACUGUCAUAUCACGUAAUCGAGUUUUGCAACGAAAUUUCACGCCAUUGUUUUAGAAUGCAUUUUAAAAAAAUGAAAAUGACUAAAUAAAACAAUCCGUCAAACUCGCUUAGCCCUGCUUCGUUCUUGCUAUAUUUAAUGAUUUUGGUAUGCAAAUUUUCUCUCUAAGACGUCACGUCGCAUAACGACUUUGCGAAAAACUUCAAAAUAUAUUCAUAGUGAGUCACAACGUUCUCCCGCUAGAUAUUUUUAUUUACCUAAUACGUUAUACCUACUAAAAAUCUGAGCUCGAAAUCUAUAUAUAAGGAGUUAUACAGUUUUAGGGAGUUCCGAGAUAAUAAAGACUCGUGUCGUACGCAUUUUGAAUAAUUUAUUUCAUUAAUUAAGUCUCUUUUCAUAAAUUUGAUCACAGUUAUUUUGUUGUUUUUAGAAAGCUUUGUUGUUUCAAAAAAAUUCAAUUCUUUUGUAUAGGUGUUCAGUGCAAAUUAUGACAGAAAUUCCGUUGUGAAAAACGUUUUAUCACCAGCUGUAACGGCGCGCUAUAUCCGUAUACACCCAAUGGCAUGGUAUUCUUAUAUAUCAAUGAGGAUUGAACUUUAUGGUUGCUCUUCAGGUAUUUUCUAUUAAGACAACUAUUAUUAUUUGUUUAAAUUCGAAUCAAAUUAAUGACGAUUCGUACAUACAUAGAGUAUGCUUGUACUCCUGUUUAUAUAUAACGUAUCCAAUUGUUUUGGGAUGGGCCCCAACGUUAUACUGAUGGAAAUAAAGUAAGGACUUGUUACCCGGCGGAGUAAAUAAAAAUUAUUCCCCGAAGUGGAGGAAAAUUCACCAUAACAAAACAAAAAUAACAAAAACAACGGAAAUAAACAAUUUGUAUUCCAACUCCCACCGUAGUUGUAAACAAAUCAGUAAUUAUCAAGCUUAAUAAUUUUAUUCCUCAGAAAUAGUUUUAAAGCAUACUUCGAAACUACUGUCAAUUAAACAAAACUUUGUGGUUUCUUCGUGUUUUGCGGAAAAGCAACUCCAUUUAGUAAAAUAUUCUACUCGUUUGUAACCGGCAGAAAACGGAGAGACGUCUUGUUGUGAAAAGUGCAUGCAAGGAUAGACUGAGCUGAACAACCAAUCAAAUUGCGCGGAAACAAUAUCCGGUAUUAGAACUAGCCAAUCAGAUCCCAGUUCGGAUAUGGAUUUGGCCAGAGCCCCUCGUCGCGCUCGGUCAAACGCGCGUAAGAAGGGCUCUGGGUACGAGAAUAAUACUAAUUACGGAUAUUUGCUGUAUUUUGGUGCUCGAGCACAAUUCUCUUUUUGUCUUCAAUAUUUUUAGCCAAUUCCCCUGCUUUUAUAACUUUCAUUAUUUUUUCAUUAACCCCUUUCAUUAUUGUGUUUCGAAAUAUAUUAGCGCGUCGCGUCUAAAUUGUGAAGUUCAAUAUAAUUUGGAGGUGGGUAUUUGGCAUGAAGUUAAAAUACAAUUAUUUAUAAUACGUGCAGGACGAUGCAAGUCGGGCGAAGCGGCAUUUGGAAUGAAAAAUGGAAGGAUUCAGGAUUCCCAGAUAACUGCAUCAAGCGCGUGGAGUGCAGGUUUAUCAACAAAACAAGGACGAUUGAAUAGCGCAUCAUCCUGGUCUGUCCGUCGAAAUGAUCAGAACCAAUGGAUUCAAGUUGAUCUUGGCCGAGAAAAAGUUGUCACCGCGAUUGCCACACAAGGUCGGGCUAAUUAUAACCAAUGGGUGAAGACUUACUCUGUGUCUUACAGUUCCAAUGGAAAUACGUUCGAGUCUUACACAAUUGAUGGAGCUGUUAAGGUUAGAAAUAAUAUUUAUAGAGUGGUAUUUUGAAUCUUGUCGAUUAGGAAACAAAUCUGCUCUUUUCUGAACAUCAUAGAAAUCACUUAGCACUUUCUCAGCCUUACAAAAUCAAUAAAGUUGAUAAGGGAGCCAAAUAAGUCGCCUCCAUAUAGACAUGCAACGUGGUCAGACCGGUCAUAUAUCUAUAUCUAACUGUGAAAUAGAACGCAAAACGUUUAAACGGCUUCGGACCAGUCUGACAGGACAAUUUUGACCAAGUCUUCUUCCUAAUUUUCCAAAGGCCUGGACCAGACUUUUGCAUUCAUACAGGAAACGAAAUCCUGGUCUGAUCGGCCAUCAAAUUAAAGCGCCCUUAUAGCUAUUAAGUCUAUUAAGUUCAGCAAAGAGUUCGAAGGAAUUGCUAUACAAGUUAUAUAAUUUUGUUUUGGCAAAUUAUGAUUCAAUGACUAACCAACAAACUAGAAUGACUUUUAUAUUUUGCAAAUUACUAAUUUUUGUCAAUUAUCUCACAAACAGGUAUUCAGUGGAAAUAGUGACAUGCAGUCUAUCGUUACAAAUGCUUUAUCUCCUGCAAUAACUGCUCGUUAUAUUCGCAUACACCCGGUCUCCUGGUAUGGCCAUGAAUCCAUGAGAUUUGAAGUUUAUGGUUGUUAUACAGGUAAAAUGUUCAACAUUAUGUAUUCUUACAAUUAUAGCUAAGUGUGCUUAUUAUAUGCGAUUGGCUGAUUUGUUUUCACUUGCAUGGGUUUAGAGAAACGCCAUGAAGAUAAACAAUUGUUGCCUACUCCGAUCGGCUACGUAAAUAAAUGUACAAAAUGGAGUCGAAAUUUUAGAAUAACGUUUCCCCAGUUUACGAAAGAAUACCAAGAAGAAAAAUGUAUAUACUCGAAAAGUAACAUAAAACGCUGCCGAAACACUUAUAAGCACGUUGUUUUGUUGUUAAAAUGAUAUACGUACCAUUUUCAUUGAUCAAAUAAUUAUAAUAGUUUUGUGUUGUAAUAUUUUUAUCUAAAUAUCGAUUUGCUAACAGCCAAUGCUGAAAUAUUCUUCUCAAAAUCAUUAAUAAUUCAUGAGCAAAUAGAUCAAUCAGACAAGCAUUUUGUCGCAUGCAUGAGUUUGGAAACCCCAGUAAAAAUCUAAAUUUGGAAUCAGUAAUUAAGAAAUUACAUAAUAAAUGCCUGACGUACCAUUACAACGUACAUUUCUUAAUUAUGAAAACAGUCAAAACAAUAAACCGUCUAGUUACCACAAUUCUUAAUUAUAAAUUAACAAACCAAUGUUAUAGUUCAGUUUACAAAUUUUUAAUCGCACAACUUUACUCGAUCUCACAACUAACCAGCGACAUUGACUAUUGAAACAUAGACUAGUAAAACAAUAGACUAUUGUCGAUUGUGAAGUUAUUUCCGUUAACAAGUGGUUCCACCAUGGUUUCCAAACACUUGAGAACAAUGGAAUGCACUUGACUGUUCACCAAGCGAUAUUCAUUCUUCUCUUGAAUAAGAGAAGCUCGAGUCUCUAAAACAUUCCAUAAUUUUAUGCGAGUAUAUAAUAUACACAUAAAGUCUGAAAUUCCAAUUAAAAACCAUUGAUUUUUGUGGAACCCAAUUUUACAUGGAGUGUGAGGAGUGAUCGUAAGCCCAUGAACUGUAAAAUCUGACUCAUUUGCACGUGUUUAUUAGAGCAACCCAGCGUAAACACAACGGUGGGAUUGGUCUAAUCCAAGUUGUCCUGUACUAGUGACCCAUCACAUAACCAUACUUACUCGACUAUUUUUUACCCAUAGGACCAUGCAAUUCGCAAGAGACUGCGUUUGGAGUGGAAGACAGAAAGAUUAAGGAUUCCCAGAUAACUGCAUCAAGUGUUUGGAGUGCAAGUUUAUCAACAAAACAAGGACGCUUAAAUAGCGCAUCAUCCUGGUCUGCCCGUCGAAAUGAUCAGAACCAAUGGAUUCAAGUUGAUCUUGGCAGAGAGGAAGUUGUCACGGCGAUUGCCACGCAAGGUCGGGCUAAUUUUAACCAAUGGGUGAAGACUUACUUUGUGUCUUUGGGUUCCGAUGGAAAUACGUUCGAGCCUUACAAAAUUGGUGGAGCUGUUAAGGUUAGAAAUAAUAAUUGUUUACCAGUAAACCAACUUCAAGCCUAGAUCAAACAAGGAUGGGACUUGAUGAGAGGUGCAACUCUCGCUCACGUUUGGCCGGCGACGCUCACUGACUCUCAUAUACACUUUCAUUGACCCUCGUCAACUUUCAACUGGUUCAAAUUUUGAUGAAUGUUGAUGAGAGUUUUCACUACGCGCGCGGUAUUAUCCAAUCAACUUUCAUCAACUGUCAUUCUCGUUUGACCAAGGCUUAAGUUUAUACGACUUAAGUUUAUACACUCAGUGUGUAACACUGCUGCACCUAACAGCUUUUUGACAUUAUCUGGGUUUAAAAUUAUUUUCGUCGGAUUUAUUCGUUUUUAUGUAAUUCAGUUUUUUUCAUACAGAUAUGCCAUGAAUGUACCAGGUCUCAUGUUCGUGUCACAGAAAUUAAAAUAAUGUAAAGUUCUUUGAUUGAAGUAAAGUUUGUUUAAUUUUUUGUGUAUGCCAAAGUCGCAUCUUUUCAAAACCAAGUUCACUUUUCUUUUCUGUACACUUUUUCCAAAAUCUGCCAUUUGCGUAUUUGAUAGAUCAGUUUGUGGAUUAUGUGCAAAUCGAGCUCAACCUCGCUAUACUUCAGUGUAAUGUAAAUAUAAUUGUAAGGUUUAUAAGGGAGGUGCAUCUUCCUGACCCGUUCGCACUUUUCCUUUGGCCAAUACCUAUUUAGUGUUAUUGUUAAUGUUACCAAUAAAGUUGUAAAGAAGUUUGCUAGUGCAAAACUCUUAUCUUAUUGACAAUAUAUUUAUUCUCAUAUAACAAAAGCGAAAUUUCAUUCGAAAUUUCAUUUCAAUUUAUUUUUUUCAUUUCGAAAUUUCAUUUUUAAAUGAGGAUAAAUCUUGCAAUUCUGUAAAGACAUCGCGGCAAUCACUAAGCCAUUGUUCAAAGGGAUCUACUGUAUAACUGAACUAUUUUUAUGCACAGGUGUUCAAUGGAAAUACAGACAGAGGAUCUAUUGUGUUUAAUGUCUUGUCACCACCUGUUAAGGCGCGUUAUAUCCGCAUACACCCUGAGACAUGGUAUGGUCACAUAUCCAUGAGAUUCGAAGUUUAUGGUUGCCAAAGAGGUACGUUUUUAAAUUCACUAUUUAGACAAGUCUCGCAGUAAUCUUGUCAAGGGGGGGGGGGGGUUUAAGGUUUUCCUGUAAAAGUAAAAUGUCCCACAAAAGUAUUUUCCAAACCUUUUUGGAUAAGAGGGGGUUAAAAAUACGUUUUUCAGAAUUUUGCGACCUCAAUUUUUCACAAUAUUCCUUACAAUUGAACACGUUCCGCAAUUCCAGCAGUUUGGUGGCCCGUCUGGAGAAAUUGGGGCCCCUUCCUUGACCUUUCUUUGUGGUGUUACACCCCACAUACCCAGUCGGGACGGCGCUGACCACUGGAUUCAAAAGGCAAGACAUACAAAUACAAUACCCCUUCACGUUGUGGGAGCAAAUCUCGAAUGUUGUUCUGAUUUAAUGCUCUUUCUGGACUGCAACGUUUUAGCUUUUUUACGAUUCAAUUCUAGAAAUUGAAAGUCCUUGCAAGUUUGGCGAGGUGGCACUUGGAGUUGAAACUGGAAAAAUCACAGAUUUGCAGAUGACAUCAUCAAGCUUUUGGAGUGCAGCAUUGUCAACUCAAAAAGGACGAUUAUAUGGUGCAGGCUCCUGGUCAGCACGUCAAAAUGAUCAAAAUCAGUGGAUUCAAGUCAAUCUUGGAGAAGAGGAAGUUGUAACAGCGAUUGCCACUCAAGGACGAAGUAAUUAUAACCAAUGGGUGAAGACGUAUUCUGUGUCUUACAGUUUGGCUGGAAAAACAUUUGAGUCUUACAAAAUUGAUGGUGUUGUGAAGGUGAGAAUUGUUGCAGGAGAGCAUUUUCCUUGUGCCAAUGGUGCAAAGUACCUUUCCGGGCGUAAGUAGGAUAGUGUACUAUUUACACUAGUGGAAAGGAAAUCAUUAUCGAAGUAUGAAAUGAUGUCGUGGUGCGUGUGUGGACCUCCUCACUGAUCUUAAAAAUAUGGGUGUUAUCCAGGUAUGGGAUAAGCAACAUUUCAACUUUCAAAAACAUAUAUUUGGAAAAUCGUAUCAUACAGUUGGAUUUCAAGCAAUUUUGCUUUGAAGAAAUAAAAAUUUAUAUACGAUCGGAAAUCGUAAAAUAUUGGGCAAGUUUGCUUUGAAUGUUUAAUCUUUAUUGAAUUUUGUUGAAUUAUUGAAUUUUGUUGCAUAAAACUGUAAAAUUACCAUUUUUUAUUUUAAGAAAAAACUUAAAUAAUGACCAAGUCAAGAGUUCCAUAGCAACAUAAUCAUUUUUAAAAUAGUAAAUAAUUAUAAUUUUUGUACAAAAAUGGCAAAGAUAAUGAAUAAAACAUAAUAAUAAUAAAAGCAAAAAAAUCCAAAAUUAUUGUUUGGCGUUGAAAUUAAUUUGCUCUGCUUUAUAUUUUCUUAAUUACAUUUAACAGAGAGACGUACAGCUAUACCAAUUGAAAGGAAAGCAGUGCAAGUUUUGCGCAAAGAAUUGAAACAAUAAAAUUUAUAAAAAUUAAACAUUCAAAGCAAACUCGCCCUGUAUUUCACUAUGCCGCAUAUUGAAUUAUUUUAUUUCUCCAAAACAAAAUUUUCCGAAUAUAAAUUUUGAAAAUUAAUAUUUCUUAUCCCACUCCUGGCAAGCAAUCCAUAAUUUUGAGCCUAUUUUAAUGUUUUCCAUUUCGUACAAAAAAUUAAAAAAUGACCGUGCUGCUAUGGCAACAGACAAGUCUGAGCUCAGUGCAUGUUAGCCAAUUACUAUAAUGCUCCAUGUUGAAUCAAUGUUUGAAAAUCUAGGUGAGGGGUGCCUUCAUGCAUGUAUAUAAUUCUAGAUAAGGUUGUACAUUACAAAGAAGAUCUGCUUGUCCUGAUCAUCGUUUUACUGGCAAAACCGCGGAUGCUUGUUCCACGUCAAAUUACGCUGAAAGAGCUCAUAAUUACCUGAAAGUUUUGAGACAAAAAGAUUUGAGACACGUCUUUUCGUACGAGGGGAAGCAUACAUCGUUUCGGUCAUUUUAUGUGACAAGUGUGUGACAAUUUAAUAAACUAAUAACUGAGUUUUUAUUGAAGAAACUGACCUGAUUUCUCAUGAACGGUAUACCAUGCACGCUGCAAUAUUCAAAUUUUUGCGUCAAAUUUUAAUUCCAGCUAAGAAAAAAGAAUAUUAUGGAAAAGAGAUUUGUAUAAAAUUUGUGUUGAUGUGCAUAAUUUGGUCAUAAGUCUGUUAUCGUCACAUGUGGUGUACAGAAAGUGAAUAAAAGUUGAUCAAUUAUAAGCAAAACAGAUUGAACAAAUUAGAAUUCCUUGGAAGAACGUGGAGCAAUAAAUACUUAUUUUCAUAAUUUUUUUUGUAUAGAUAUUCAAUGGAAAUAGUGACAGGAAUACCAUUAUCAAGAAUGUCGUAUCGCCAGCAAUAACUGCCGGUUAUAUCCGAAUACAACCAUUGUCUUGGAAUAGUCAUAUAUCCAUGAGAAUUGAAGUAUAUGGUUGCUAUAGAGGUAUUUUAUUAUGGUUAUUAUAUAUUUAGUUAUUUAAUCGACUUAUAUACCAUCGAAAAAUUUAAAUUUUUGUUCAUAUCAAAAUUCAAUAACAUCCCCUAUCAGUUCAAUUGUUAUUUACUACACAACUCGCGCAACAGUCUGGCGUUUUUGUUUGAAAAAUGAUCAAUAGUGAGUAGAAAUGUCAUCAUCAUCAAUGUACAGCGCAUAUGAACUAAAAAGCAAUCGAAUUAAGUAAAUUGGGCUAUUAAUUAAAGUAUAAGUAAUAGGAUUGUCUUAUCUUCUACGAUAAGUGGUGUUAUCUUUGACGACCAGAAUGAGCUCAAUUCAGGUGAGUAUGACGUAUCAUCAAGAAUAAUCCGCGAUUUUGGGUGGGAAAAUCUUUUAUUCAACCGACCAUCGUACACAACUGUGGACCAUUGUAACUCUUCAAAUUGCUCAAACAAAAGCAAUUAUAUAUAUAUAAGUCCACAAAUGUAACGGUUUACUUGCAAGAGCUCAAUUAGCAAAAUGUUGUAUUUUUAGCCCCUGAGCCAUGCGAUUCCCAGCCUUGUAAAAAUGAGGGAGUCUGUGAAAACAAAGGAGAUUCAUUUUCAUGCACGUGUGUUGGUAGUUUCAAAGGAAAGACAUGCGAAGGUAACAAUUUAACUUGUUAGCGAAAAUCCCAGAAAAACCUCCACCACGGACUUGCAUUACCUGGCGCAGACAAACCUAUAUACAAUUUUUGCUAAUACUUAAUUGGUGAUAUAUAGAAAUAACCUAUGAAAGGUUUAAUUUAAUUAACGGCAGUUAUGGAUUGAAUGACAACGUACUAUAACACACGUGAAAAUAUAUUUUGCCAUUGUCAAAUGCGAAUGGACUACAUUUGAUCAUGAAACUCCGUUGAGACUUUCAGUUAUUCAUUUCUUCUGUGAUACAUUAUGCGUUUCAUUGUUGAUAGCCGUUGUUCUUGCUUUGGCGACCUCCAAGCGUAAGCUCGCUAUUUUCUUUGUUUGAUAUGGCCUUGAAAGUGAUCUCCUCGUUUGUCCCUUCGAGAGAGUAGGUUCGCUUUGCUAUGUUUCUCCGUACUUUUCUUUUCAGAAUAACAAGUCUACCAUUCCACAAUGCUCAUUGUCCCUGGUGUCCAGUUAAUCCAUUUUGUGAAUUGUCUUCACGUGGCUGUACCAUAUCUCACUUUAAUUCAACAUUCCUUACACUUUCCUUUUCCAUAUUCUCUUUUGUUUUGCUACUUCUCUGAUAUUUGUCAUAAAUCUCAUCUUUCCAACUUCAAUGUCUUUGCGUGUUCUUCCUUCACUGUACAAAUCUCGGCAACACAGAUCAUCAGAUAGAUAGUCUGUCGUAUGUUAAUAAAUUAGUUCUUGUCCUUCCGAUACAAUCUACAGUCGUGGCAUAUCUGUUGUGGUCCAAAUGCAGCAUGAACUUGAUUGGUUCCAGAGCGGUCGGUAACCUGCAGUAUACGAACGGUUCACUGAUCUACUAGUAUUGACUGCUAUUAUAAAGCUGGACUUUACUUAUAAAGAACAAUGAAAUAACUCUUUUUGCAGCAAAAAGACUAUAAAUAUGUGACCCAACAAUAAUACGUAAUUAUUCAUGAACAUUUUCUAGAAUACGCAAGUCCUUGCAGUACACACGAGGUGGCAUUUGGAGUAGAAACAGGAAAAAUUCUAAAUUCGCAGAUGACAUCAUCAAGUUUUUGGAGUACAGCAUUGUCAACCCAAAAAGGACGAUUGAAUGGUGUAGGCUCCUGGUCUGCACGUCGAAAUGAUCAGAAUCAGUGGAUUCAAGUUGAUCUUGGGAGAAAGGAAGUUAUCACGGCGAUUGCCACACAAGGUCGAAGUAAUUAUAACCAAUGGGUGAAAACGUAUUCGGUGUCUUACAGUUUGGAUGGAAAUACUUUUGAGUCUUACAAAAUUAGUGGUGUUGCAAAGGUGAGAUUUCCUGCAGUAGAGCAGUUUAAAGGUUGUGGGCUACAGUACAAACAAGCCAUCUGCUUUCUCUUCAUCAUCGAAAUCAAAAUAUUGUGGCAAGUGUGGCAAUAUUAUAUGUAUGCAAUAUUAUUAAAUAGGCAUUUGGAUACAAAAACUAGGUUUCUGAUUUCUUCGAAUGCGAAUGUUAAUCAACUUAAUAAUGUUCGUCGAUUGCAUGGGAAAUGUUUCGACUCCUCCAAGUCUUUAAAUGGAAUCGUUAAGGCAAGUUACGAGGCUGAGUAUGUACAGUACUUACAGUAUACGUAUGCUUUUUUAUUUGAUUUAAUACAUUUGCCACAAAUUACAAAAAAAAAUUAUAUAGAACUAAGACAAAUAGAAAAAUGUGACGAGGGAAACCAAAUAGAAACCAUAUUAAUGGCUUAUUAGAUUUUGGGUUACCCCGUGAAGUUUUAAAUAAGAAAAAAUAUUUACAAAAAUUAGAGCAGCGCAUGAAAUGAGAAAACAAAUAAAUACAUUGUCAUUGGAUAAUACAAUACACAUUACUCAUUAGUAAUGAAAAUGUCUGAUUAAAGUCAAUAUGAAUAUAAAUAAGACCAAAGCGAGACAAAGAGGUAAUUCUUAUGUUUGGACUGAAAGGAUAUAAGACUGUAGAUGUGUUACGAAUAUUAGGGCCGAAUUAAGAAAUUUAAGACGUUGGUUAUGUAACGUACAGUGAACUGUUUUGUCUUAGUUCUACAAAAUGGGAUAGAGAAUUGACCGGCACUACGUAAAUUGCGAGUGCGGAUUUGAUCAACAGUUAAAACGAAAUCGCUAAAGCUUUGUGGAAGAAGAUUGUUUUUAUAAGAAAACUUACCCAAGUUUAAGAAAUAUAUAUCAUUUAUAUUUCGUUUAUUAAAUUAAGACGAAUUUUUCAUUUUAGGUGACAAUUUAGGGCCGCAAUUUCCUAUACUUAAAAGUCAAUUGUUUUAAUACUUUCUUUCAGAUAUUUAAUGGAAAUAUUAACAGAAAUUCUGUUCUAAAGAACAUCUUCUCUCCUUCGAUAUCUGCCCGUUAUGUUCGUAUACAUCCAAAGUCUUGGUACGGCCACAUAUCCAUGAGAAUUGAAGUAUAUGGUUGCUAUAGAGGUAUGCUGUAAUUGUAAUAUUUAUCUUUAGAAAUGUUAAAGGAUGCUGCCCCCCUCCCCCUCUCGGAAAAGAUCAUGGGCGUACGGGGCUGAUGCUUUCCGAGGGCAGUCGAACGUUUGGCCGAAUUUUUAUUGAAGAUUGUAAUGAAGUAACAGGAAUUAAAAUAUUUUUGAUAAAUUUGCCCAAUUUUCUAAAGUUCGUUUUACGGGGGACAGUUGCCACUUCCCCCUGCCCUGUGUCUCAUUUACCUAUGAAAAAAGUACAAAAAUUACAAUACAAUCUAUAGUUAAUAUUGGUGUAUCUUUGACGUAGAGUUUAUAUUGGAUGCACCCACACUUACCCACGGCAGGACAUUGUGGCCAAUUGGCCAAAUUUUUGUAGAUAUGUAAAAAAGCAGCGCCUGUGGGGAGCGGUCCAGGGAGUCUUAAAGUUAUUCAGAUUAACCAGACAAGAGCAUAUUGAUUAAAUAGCAACACAAAUGAGCUUUGUACUCUCAUUCUUCAACAAGAUGUAGCUUCAAGAUUUAAGAUGGCGAAUAACUUCAUCAGUUUUUACGAAUACUAGCAUAUCGUUUUCGAACUGAUAAAUAGGCUAUAAAGUAGACCAGGUAACUUUGUUUGAAAGCUUAGAGGGGAGAAAGCAGAGAAUUGAUAUGUAAGUACUAAACAAAGCAAUCUGCGGUAAACCUCAUGGCGGCCGCUGACUUACUGUAUGUUUAAAGCCCUGAUAGCUUGAAUCUCCAGGCAAAUUAACAUAUAAUUUUCAGUGUACUAAUUUUUUUGUAUUCUCAACUUAGAGCCCGAGCCGUGCGACUCCUCGCCCUGCAAAAAUAACGCAGAAUGCACAAACGAAGGAAAGUCGUUUUCUUGCAAGUGUCGACCAUACUUCAUUGGUCUUACGUGUGAUACAGGUAAAGCUAAGCUGUGUGCAGUGUGUAUGUAUAUCCGUUCUCUUCUCUACAUACAUAUAAAUUCAAAUAGAGCAGAAAAAGAUCUUACAAGUUUAGCCAAAUUUUGCUUAAUCUGAGUUAGUGUUUAUUAUUGAUCGAAUUAGUGUACAUAGUGCACCUAACAAGGUGCAAAUAUUUGUGAAAUGCCUUAUUAAAUUCAUGAGUAUAGUUAGAAAUUAUAGCUCAAACAUUGAGGAAGCAUUGAGUAGUGUGCUGCCAAUAAAUUCAGGUUUCCACUACUAUAUCUUAGCAAUUUCAUGCAGGGGGCCAACUUGGCCAUAAACGUUUAGAAAAGAAUUGUAAAUAUUUACACACUCGCGUGUUGUGGACAAUAGGGAUAUCGAUUGGAUUAUAACUUUGGGCAGGAUAAAAAAUAACUAUAUUCAUGCAAAAAUUGAGGACAUUCCCCAUGUAUGUGUCUAGUUGACUGCAGUAGCAUAUUUGCGCAAAGCAUUGACAACCGAAUGUAUAUUUAUAGAACUUCCAAACCCAUGCAAACCAAGACCAUGUCAAAAUGGAGGAGAGUGUGUCGUUUUGGGCAACCGCUAUUCUUGUCGAUGUAAACCAGAAUUUGGUGGGGUAAACUGUGAACACGGCCAAUGUAAGUAUUGCAAUGUCUUUACGCGUCAUCCAACAUGGUUGGGCCGACCAUCGUGAAUGGUAAUGUUGCGGUUCAUGUUAGUAGAUCGAUGUUGAAUCCAAAGUUCAUGCUAUAUGAUUCUGGACACUUGUUCUGUCAAUAUUUGUCAUGUAAUUAUUUAUAGGACUCUAAAGAGGAAUGUUAUAUGCAGUGCAUUGCAUUAUUAUUUCACUUGUUGCAAAUUUCAAUAUAUGUAAAUUCAACAUAACUUGGUAAUUCCUUUAAUCAAUACAUACCUCGACAAUAUUACCGACUUCAAAGGAAUUUGAAUUAACAAUAUAGUACAGCAUAUUCUAAAUAAAUUACUGUAUAACUUCCUUUGCAUGUGUAACAUCUGUAAGCUGAUGUAGUCGAGGGGAGUACUGUUAAAAAAAAUAUCCGUAACCCUCGGAAAACUCCCUAAUAAAAACCUCCAAAAAUUCCCAUAAAGCCUAAAAAAAUCUAAAAUCUAAUCUAAAAAAUCUCGAAAAAUCCUCACAAAUCCGGAAAAUGUCCUGAAAUCCCAGUAAAACGUAGACUACGAUAGUUGCGCGUUUUUGUCGGAAAUGACCAUCAUAUACUAUCAUAUACUUGUUGGAUCGGGUUUGCUUUGAUUAAAAAUGUUUCGUCCAAUUUCAUCAAUCAGGAUCAUCCAACUUCAUCGAUAAAGUUGGACGAUACCAUCAAUGUUUACUGUUAUUACAAUUUAUGUUGAUAGCUUUGUGCUGGGCCACUGGAGAUCCACAUUACAGAUCAUUUGACGGGCUAACGUUUAACUUCAUGGGAACAUGUGAAUAUGAUUUUGCUAAGGAUUGCAGCAGUAGUAAACUGUUCAGCGUGCGUACGAUAAACCAAAGAUGCGGAUCUCGGGUUUCAUGCACAGCUGCUGCAAAGAUUUACAUCGCUGGUUAUUACAUCCACUUUACAAGAGCGCGCCGAACGGCCAUAGUAAACGGAGUGAAAUUCACCACGUUUCCGAUAAUUCGACCCGGUAAGAUCACUUGUAUUCAAGCUACCGUAGUUGAAAUGAGAGUGUAUGCAUGGAAUGAGAGUGUAUACGAAACGCAGAAUGUAUCUGAAAAUAUAUAGAAUUGGAUAGCGCAUCUCCUUUGUAUCAACAGAUCCACAGGCGUGACUACCACAAAUAUACUGUGGUGUGGCUGACAUGUUAGAAAAGACACGUACAACUGUAUUUGUUUCAAUGGAAUAUAAGUGAUUGGCGAUUUCUCUUCUUAAAUCUUACUGUGAUUAACCAAUGAGUUCACAAGCAUCAGAAAAGGAAAGCUGCCUCUUUCAAUUUACAUAGCAAGAGACUUGUUCUGACGAAACUAGCACUUAUUAAUAACUAUUCUAUUAUUUAUAUUUCCGACUCAGUGCACUAACUGUUUGAUUGCUUGAAAUAUGGUAGUAUGUACAUCCUUCCGGCUUCCGGAAUAUACGUCAUCUUAGCUGUAGAGCCCCGUUUUCGUGUAUAUGAGAUUGGUUAAAGCCCAAUGGCUCAAUUGCGAAACGGGGUCUGUAGCCAAGAUGUCCCAAAUUACCCAAAAUAUAUCACACUUAUAAUUGCGUUGAAAUGAAUAUACGUGUAGCAUUAUAAACUGCAUCAGAAAUGACAUACUAUUAUGUAUAUCUCCGUUGUCACGGAACAAAAAACUAUACAUGUUGUAUUGUAGCAUGAUCCUCUCGAGUGAAAAAAUUAAUUGCUCCCUCCAUAUUUAAUUUGAGCUCCUAUCAAACGAAAAUGCAGGAGCAAGAGUUGCAACUGUCGUUACCUUUCAUCCUCGUUUAACGCGACCAGGACUUUCUCUUGGUAAUAUCCACUGUCCUCACCGUAAAGUGAUAUCUUUUCUGCAUUUAGGUGCUUAACCGAUAUAUGUUAUUACUUUAGGAUUUAAGAUAAUUAACCCAAGUGUGAAGUGGCUGACGUUGACUACAGAUAUAGGUUUAACUGUAUCCUGGGACACCAGCAUGGCAAUUAAGGUAGCAGUGUCUGGCAAAUUCAAAGGAAAGAUUUGUCCUUCAUCUUUAUGUGGCAACAAUAAUGGCAACAGACGCGAUGACAACCAAUACAGACGCGCGUGCGCCCCUCCUCCGGAAUCAUGCAUACCAGAUAUUGUAACCCAACCGAUCAUAAACAAAUGUCAUUUGAUGAAUAGUGCAAGCUCACCAUUUAGCCUCUGUAACAAAUUGGUAGAUCCAACGACGUUGAUCAGUGAUUGUAAAUAUGAUGCGUGUCGGUGUACAAAUCCUAUGCAAUGCGUUUGCGCUUCGUUUGCAACGUACAGUAAACAGUGUGCUGGAUAUGGGGCAAUCAUGGACUGGAGAUUUAAAGGAACUUACUUGUACGAACCUCUAAAAGAAUGUGGUAAGUACUAUAUCAUAUAAUUACCUUUCAAUAAAGGUUCUGCUAUACUACUUCACCUACAAAUUCCUGCCACCAUUCAGGCGAAAUAAGAUCUUUUUGCUAGAAUAGGACUAUAAUAGGUCUUGCUUGUCAAAAUUCAGUUACCCACGCAGUAGUUUAAACCGGUUUACCCUUAUUGUGAGGUCACCACACCAGCUAUAAUUAGCUAAUCCAAUAUAAAAUAACAUAUGGCGAACUACAUAUAGCGCUUCGAGUCAAAAUAUCAUCAAAACCAAAAAGAUGGAAUUAAGAAUUGAUAAGUACUUUCGUAUGAACUAUGAUAACAGGAUCAAAGUAUUGACACCCAAGAAAUAGUAUAGUAUACAUGCAUGCAUGCAUGCAUGCAUGCAUGAUCUUUCAAACUUCAUAAUCUUCAAGUGUUGGAGAUAAAUACAAUCUAUAUAUUCCCAAGAUUAAAUUUUAGAAUUCAAAGAAGAAUGAUCAUUAUACGUGCGGUAAUAGCCUAUUGAUAAUGUAGUAGUUCAUUGUUACCUCGACUUGUUUUAAUUAAUAUUAGAAUGGUCUUAAAAAAAUUUUGCGUAUGCUGUUUUCCUCAUAAAAUGUAGUAGCCAUUAAAUAGUACCAAAUGCCUUGAGAUACUAUUAUAACAAAAAUGUUGAUGAUUGCUGCAUCGAGAAAGUUGAUUAAUUAAUAUCAUAUUUCUUUUCAGCAAAACAAUGUAAAAAUCCGGGAGAAAUAUUUGCCGAGUGUGGUUCUUCUUGCGCCAAAACCUGUCGAGAUUUAUCCAGUGAUUCUCAAUGUAACGAAGAAUGUGUUCCAGGAUGCCAGUGUCCUAAAAAUCAAGUCCUUGAUGAUGACAGUCUCUGUGUUCCUGUGACAGAAUGUACCUGCUUGUUCCAAGGAGUUGUGUACCAACCUGGUCAGAGUAUAGCAAUUGGAAAUUGUAAAACAUGGUAUGAAACGUACUAGUUCUUGGUGUGUUGAGAGAUAGCUACUGUACAUAAAAACUGGAGGGCAUUCAGACACUAUAUACAUCUCCGCAAGUAUACAUGCGAAAUUUACACGUAUUGCUCAUGCAAUGUAGCAAACUUCUUACCACUGCUGUACAAGUUUGUGAUCAAUCAUGGCUAGCUAUGGUACAGUGACCAUGAAAAUCUUAAACUCAUGCAUAUUGAAUGAAUCUGUAUAAUUAAAAGAAUUGUCCAUAGCUCGAUGUUUUAUUCGGAUACACUUGUCGUUUCUCGUACUGUGUUUCCUUUCUCGUAUCUGUCUUUUGGUAACUGUUGUUUCCUUUAUACAUAAUUUAGAAGAGAACCCCCUUGAUGAGUCUUCACAUAUUUUAUAUAAGAUUUACAUGCAUUUUGAACGCAUGCAUGCAUUCUGCGUCGGCACCGAGAAAAAACCCAAACAUUUAAUUUUUAUCGAAAUUGUACCAAAAUUGAUUUUUUAUCCUGUAAUUAGAAUCAAACAAACAAACAUAUACACAAAGAAAUAAAACUCGAGGUGAAAAUAUAGCGCAGUUACUGUAAUAAGCGCAUACGUAGAUGAGUACAGUAUAAAGUAGACGAGGACCAGAAUGAUUGUUUGAUAAUUCAUAAUUAUUCAGAGUAAUGGAUAAAAAUGUUCUUUCUCUUGCAGCACGUGUAACGCUGGUGCUAUGGCAUGUGUAGAUGACAGAGAGUGCGGCAGUAAAGGUUAGAUAUAUGACUGUUGGCUGGUGGUCGUGCAAUUACCCAGAAAUACCUUCUUCUCACUGUUGUAAAUCGUCUUCGCUUGAAUCGCUUCGUCGUGACCUGCACGUUAAAGAACAGGGCUGAAUUAUGCGGGUGCUUCAUGCCAUGAAAAACGCACUGGAAUCGCGCAAUUUGUAAACCUCGAUAAGUUGAAAGAGUCAAAAAUUUAAUAGAGCUCGUGACACCGUGCGAAAUAUUAUAUCGACCGAUUUAAUCCGUUUACCUAACAAUGUUACGCGUAUAGUCAGAACAUUACGUUAAAACAGUCAAAUCAAUUUGAGCGAAACAGUAAAUUCGGUGUUUUUGCAGUUACCAUGUAAGAGGAUUAAAUUUCUGGUGAUUGCGAGAUUGAAUAUAAUGAUCGAUACAAAGGAACAUCCCUUGUACGUAACAAAUAGACCCAUAAAAAUCGCACAAUAUCAAUGAAAACAGUUUAAUAAUUUUGUCCGAAUAAAACCUGCUGUCAAAUACUAUUUAAAAGGAUACUGUACACGGAAAUAAAAAAUAGCAUUGGCCACUGAUUUUAGCUAAUCUACUUUCUAUUUUUAAGGACCUUGUGAGUCUUUUCCAUGUAAAAACGGGGGUAUUUGUACAGAAAAAGGAGAAACAUUCUCAUGUCAAUGUUCUGGAGACUAUCAAGGGGAAACAUGCGAAGGUAAUUCCUUUCAUACUGUAAAUGACCUGGUGGUAUAUACGCCCACUCUCUUGUAAACGCCAUGUAUCUAAUUGACGCCCAGGACAAACCAAAUCGUUUAUUUAGAUAUUUUCCCGUAUCUCCAAUUAUCGUAUUUUCAAUUUCAUUUUCAUUGGUAAUCGUACAAUAACGAAAAAAAUUUAAGGAGCUGUUACACGGUGUAUAUCGGAAUUAUGGGAUAGACGAUCUUGGUUUAGCGUUGCAUGACGCGUUACAUCGACUGCAACCUGCAAUAAUAAUUGUCGCGUGUUCGAACUUGCCUGGAAAGAUUGAAUUAAGUGUCAGUACUAAAUAUUAAGUGCAUAAACGUUAAUUGCAGCUUCAUAAAUUAAGAUACGCUACAUGCUGCAAUGCUUUAAAGUCGUUGCAAUCUUUACCAAAACUAGAACCCAUGCAAUUCGACCAUGGUUAACGCCUGAUGAAACAAGCCUUUCAAUUAAAGUUUGGAACCAGAUUUAUAAUUAAUAUCAACAGAUUUUCGCAUUUUGUUUCAAGUAUCCUCACGUUGUUAGUAGAUGGCGUUAUCUUUCGUGUACACUUGUAUAUAAGAAGCCACGAUGCGAUUUCAGAUCACCCCUGAUGGAGACAAUGACAUGAUACCUGUAAUUAUCUUUUAGCACUGAAGCCCAAGCCAUGCGAUUCGCAGCCUUGCAAGAAUGAUGGAAUUUGUACGAAUGUAGGAGAUUCGUUUUCAUGCGAAUGUGUUGGUAAUUAUCAAGGCGUUACGUGUGAAGGUACGUAUAAAUAAGAACUAUUGAAGAAACAGGAUAAGUGAUAGACAAUGCGCUUAUGCGCGCACUCGUACGUGGAUAGGAUUGAAAAACAUGAUCGAGUCAAAGUGAACGCCUCAGUUGACCUGGUGCAAACGUCAAGAAAUUAAAUAACCUAUAUAUAUAUAUCUGUCUCUCUUUUGUUCAUUUUAGAAUCUGGUCCUCCGUGCCAACCCUCUCCCUGCAGAAAUGGUGCCACGUGUAUUGACCAGGGAAAGAAAUUUUCAUGUAAAUGUCCUCCUAACUUUAUUGGAGCUACAUGCGAAACAGGUAAAGCGAAAUUCUUCUGGUUUUAGUCAUACGAUUCUUAGCACAUUUUAUUCUCACGUCUAGAAUAAUGGUAAUAAGGAAUUGAAAAUUUUUUAUUUAAUUAUAAGGGUAAAAGAUCUACCAUUUUUAAGAUCACCACACGUUCUUUUAAUAAAAAUUGCCUAUCCUUCGGUGUUGAAGAAGUUAGUAGCCCACAGUUAACUCCAUAAUAUAAUGUGCUCCUCAAUUUGGUUUUAUUUUCAGAACUCCCAGAUCCAUGCAGAAACGCACCUUGUAAAAACGGCGGCGUUUGUAUCCCUCUUGGCAAUGGAUACUCGUGCAGAUGUCGACCUGAAUUUGGUGGCACUCAUUGUGAAUAUAGUCAAUGUAAGUUUAACAAAGCGUUAGUUUCAAUAACCAGAAAGAUGUACUGUACGUGCAACUAUUUGUGCUCCUUGUUAUCAACUUUUCUUGUAUUCAACAAUUGUAAAAACUCCGAUACAGGACCACUAGGUUCGAUUCCUGCUACAGGGGGACUAUAGUUGCAUUGCUCGAUCUGCUUAGGUCUAAAAAUUUAUAUACAUUUGCUUUCGAAUAUUCGUUCUACAAAAAUCCUAUCUACUACAAUAGUGUUCUAUCGAACCAGAUGCCCUAAAAUCUCGAUUAGUACUAAAUACUAGGAUUUUAUUAUGAGAGAGUUGUGAGUUCUUUUUGUGAGGUGUAGAACUUUUGUGUACAGUGUGUUUCCUAUUGAUUACAGUACCUAUUGGAUUGGCUUCUGUAGUGUAAUCUUUUAAAAAACCCGGCACAUACUUUCUCACAAAUGCGAAUCUGCAAUUUGCUGAUCGCUGAGUUUAUAAGUUGAAUUUUUGGAAGAAUCUAUGAAUUUGUUUUUCUUCAUGUUGCUAACACAGACGUGUUUUAUUCCAUUUCUAGCCUCGUGUUACGCGCAAGGUGAUCCGCAUUACACGAGUUUUGAUAGGAAAAAGUUCAACUUUAUGGGAAAAUGCCAAUAUGUCUUUGCUCAAGAUUGCAGCGAGAGCAAACUGUUUACAGUGUACACAAAGAAUCGAGCGUGCGGUUGGGGUGGUGCCUCGUGUACUGCAUCUGUCACGGUGAUUCUUGCUGGUUAUAAAAUACAAUUCAGCAGAGUAAAACGUACGGCAAUUAUAAAUAGAGUAAAGUAUACCAACUUUCCAAUUGUUAGACCAGGUGAGUUCAACGAGAAUAUAGUAUUGCCUUGCAAGUUCAGGGUCUAUAAUGUCUCAAGACAGCAUGCAUGGAAUCUAAUCAGCAGAGGGCAAACAUAUUUACUCCAAAUAAAUCCGUAGGCCUAUAUGUAUUUUACUGAUAUUUAUGUAUUUUACUUGUCGAAAUAUUGAUAAAAUUAGUGGAAGAUAUCAAAUUAAUCAAAUUCAGAAUUCCAACGUCCGAAAUCACUACAGUAGUUGAAGGUCCGAAAAAAGUGGGAGUUUUAUCCACCUUGUAUAAAUCUGAGCACCAAGCGACCUGACUACAUAAUACCGUUACGGAAUUAUAGUGUAUUGUAGACGUAGGCAAAGAAAAACAUUACCCCACCUGAAGACAAAGGAAAGGUUAAGUAAAUACCAUUUGGAGCAAAUUGUCAAUUAGCAUCCAUUAACCAUGGCCAGAUCAGAUCAAUGAUAUAAAAACCUGACACAAAUGGCCGCACUUAAAAAGCCAAAAUCCGGCAUUUCAUGUGCUUGGUCAUGACAGAAUCAAAAAUGAAUCUAUCAUUUUAAUGGUUAGUGGUAAUAUUAGAUUGUACAGUUAUUUGUGAUAUACUUAGUAGUCGGAUUCACUAUAAUUGAUUGUCGUUGUUAGAUUGUGUGAAAUUGGCAUCUCUUCUGGAGAAUUUUGAUUGGAUACUAAUACUAUAAAUAUAAACUUUACUGCGCGUGGAAAGCAAUCAGUCGAAUUAAGGUUUGUGUCAGACUCUAUUUACAGCCUGACACAAACCUUAAACCAUGCAUGGCCAUUUGUGAAAUAGAGCCCGAUACUCGGGCUAAACAGAAGACCCCGAAGAGAACUAAGAAACGCUAAAUAUUUAGUAAUAUUUAUCUCUCUGUUGUAAAAGGUUCCGUUGUUAUCUUAAAUUAAAUAUUGUUUAACGAUUUUACAUUUUCUGUUUUAUAGGAUUCACUAUCAUCAACCCAAACCUACGUUCACUAUCCCUCACUGCAAACAUUGGCUUAACUGUUACCUGGGAUUGUAAUAUGAACAUCAAAGUGACUGUGUCGGGCAGAUACAAAAACAAACUUUGUCCAUCAUCUCUUUGUGGAAACAAUAAUGGAAAUUGGAGGGAUGACAAUCAAUUUGAUAGAAAAUGCGCACCGCCUCCCGAAGAGCUGGUUUGCUUCCCAACUGCAGAAAACAGGCCAACUGUUGACAAAUGUCAUUUAAUAAAUUAUCAAGAAUCGCCAUUCAAAACGUGCAAUGGUGUUAUUGACCCGACUGAGUUGAUUGCCAAUUGUAAAUAUGAUGCGUGCAGAUGUCAAGAUCCAAUGCAAUGUGUUUGCUCCUCGCUUGCGACGUAUUCCAAGCAAUGUGCUACCUACGGAAAAGUUGUAAACUGGCGAUUCCAAGGAACGUACCUGUAUCCGCCGUUACAAGCGUGUGGUAAGUACUUCGUGAGAAAAUUUUAGAGAAACAUAAAAAUAACACAAAUAUAAGAUUGAUAGCUCUACCUGAUUGCAGCAAUUUUCAUUGAAGUAUGCCUGCAAAUGCAGGUUAAAAUAUCAAUAGUGAAGUUCGAACACGUCUUUGAAUUUGGUGAAGGCACCUAAUGACAAUUUUUAAUCCGAUGGUCUAAAACUGAAUUUUUCAAUUUAGCUCAACAUUGUAAAAAUGAGGGAGAAAUAUUCAUGGAGUGCGGGUUGUCUUGCGCGCGGUCGUGCCGGGAUCUGUCUCGUAAUAUCAAGUGCAACGAGGAAUGUGUCUCUGGAUGUCAAUGUCCUAACGGUGAACUUCUUAAUGAUGAGAAACGUUGUGUCCCUGUGGCUGAGUGUCCUUGCCAAUAUGAAGGGAAAACAAUUCAAGCAGGAGAAAAUGUUGAUGUUGGAAACUGUAAAACCUGGUAUGGCCCUAUAGAGAAUAUAGUAUAUAGCCCCAGUACUGUAAUAUUUUAUCAGCUUAUGUUGCGUAAUCCCUAUCGAGAUCCUUCUUCAGUUAAAAAAAAAAGUCGAAUUCAUGACUCAAGCUCUUUCAAAUUAAGCAACGUAAAUACUUGGCAUGUUUGAAGCGCAUUUUACAUGAUGCUGUAUAUAAUAAAUUUCCCAAACUAAGCAGCCAUUAUUUAAUCCCAAUUGUUUAGAGAGUUCUUAGAAAACUCGCCCCUUGAAGUGAUUCCAUGCAUGUGUUCGUGAACUCGAUUUGUACAUGUUUUCUCUACAUCUACAACCAGAAGCCUUGAUAGAAAACAUUCAAAUAACGUAGCUACGUUUCAACCAACAUUGUUAUCCUCGCAAUAAGGCCAUAAUAACCUCAGACGCAAGAAAGCUGAACAGGAAGAUGAGACGCAAUUUUUGAAUGGGGAAGUUUUCAUUUUUGUUUGAGGAAUGUUCAAAUUUUCGUUUCCUGCUCAACGAAUUGGGGAACUUUCUAGAAAAUUUUGCGGAUUAUUUUUCAAAUUUUACCGUAGAAAUAUGGAAUUUUUAAGCUCCUAAAUUCCGCCUCAACUACCGAAGCUAGCUGCAUGAAUGUCUGGCAUGUCAUAGUCUUGCACCUGCUAAUGAUUUUCUCUCUAUGCUAGCAAUAUAAAGUUCUUAUUUAUAGCUUAUCGAAUAUUUUAAUUUUAGCACCUGUAACCGUGGAUCAAUGGCUUGUGUAGAUGACAGAGACUGCGCAAGUAAAGGUAGGUAAAGUAAAGUAAAGGUGAAAAGUUCAAACUUGUGGUGGGGCGUUAAAUUUAAUCAACGGUAUAAUUUGGUAAAAAUUGAUGUAUUGCACAUAGGAAAUUAAAUAACGGGGCCUAGACUUUUAAUGACGACGAGCGGGAACUUCACAACCACAGAUUGUAUAAUAGAAUGAAGUUGAUAAUAUAUUAAUAAGAAACAAAUAAUUGAAAUUCCACCGGUAGUUUGGGACUCCUUCCUCGCUCGGUUUUCGAGGACAAAAUAUAUAUAUUUUGAUGUCUUAUAUACAACGCCUGCAUUUAAAGCCACGAGAAGUGCAUAAAGCCACGAGAAGUGCAACAAAUCUUCUCUGUAUAACAUAAGGCCCUGCCUUUAUCUCCCCAAACUAUAGAAUAGAUUAAUUCAAUUCAUAUUACAUGACAAUAAUGUAUUCGAAGGUGUACUGGUAUGUUUUUUGGUCGACGUUCUUGCGUUGGUGUCCUCCAUGCAAGUAAUAUCCCAGUGAAUCUUGGUUUAACACCCACUUUGAAGCUAUAUGACAUUGUAUACUUACCCUUAUUCUCUAGGACCAUGUGAAUCGUUCCCAUGUAAAAAUGAAGGGGUCUGUACCGAGCAAGGAUCGUCAUUCUCUUGUCAAUGUCCUGAAGAUUACCAAGGCGAGACGUGUGAAGGUACUGUAUAUCUGUAGUAAAAUUCCUUAAGGCCAUAUUCAGAAAGGUCUCGUUAAAGUUUGUUUAUAAUAACUAAUUACUUCGUAUAAUUAUCUGUGUUGAACAAUUAUUGAAGCCUAAAGGAAUCUUUAUGUUUGCGAGGGAGUAGCACACAGUAAGCUAAAAUCAGUUUCUUAGAUCUCCCUUUAUAAUGCACAAGAUCCCACUUCCCUGGAAAUGCUUAUCAAAUUCAUUAUCAAAGAUAUUAAGACUAAUUUUCAUCCAUGUACAUUAUUCCAGAUAUUGAUGAUCUUUUUAAUAAUAGGGACUUUAAGUAAUUCUAAUUCUACAAAAUUAAUAUUCAGAGUAUUAGUUGCAGUUUUAAUGAGCUGUAAGAUCAUUACCUAAUUACGCUUAUUUAUAUGUUGUAUAGAACUAAAACCGAAGCCAUGUGUCUCGUCGCCUUGUAAAAAUGAAGGAAUUUGUUCCAACGAAGGACCUUCAUUCUCAUGUGAAUGUGUUGGCUCUUAUCACGGAAAAACUUGCGAAGGUUAGUCUAUAAUGGACAAAAUACUGUAGUAAAAAUUCUGGUGAGACUUGAUUGCCCCAUUAGGUUUGCUAUAGUUGAUGUGAGUUUGCGUUCGAGGCUUGGAGAUGUGUUAAAACGCGACUCCUCGUUAUGGCCAGGGAUUGGAUAUAGCCCAUAGGGUUAGCAUUAUCUAAAUAUAAAAAACGUGAAAAUAGCCAAUUGAAAUCACUGUCUUCACAUCACUGACUUCACAAGUGACACUGAAGACCGUUCGAACAAAAUCCGCUUAAAGCAAUUCCAAAUUACAUGGUUUUCUCAUAGAUAUCUUAUAUAAACUAGAUAGCGCAUCUCUUUUAGUAAAAUUGAAGCCAAGAAUAUUCCAGCGCUUACCCCAUUUGAAUAGAUGGCGCCAUGAUGUUGGAGUUUUCAACUCGCUAAUAAACGCUUAAAAAACAACAAUAACCUUUCAUCAUUUGAAUAGUUUGAAAAUGUAUUUGGAAUAGGUUUAACUUAACGUUUAAGUUCCCUGUUUAAGAAAUAGAAAACAUACGAGUUGCAGAAUUGAAUUGCAGAAUAAUUAGAUGCACUAUCUAGUGUAUAAUAUAUUUAUAAGAUAUCUAUGGGUUUUAUCCCUAAAUAUAAAUAUAAUUGGUCUUAUAAGCAUGACGUGUUUACACUACAUUGGAGUAUACAACGGAGCUCUUAAUUUAAUUCUAUUCGCAUAGAAAUUUGUCUUGAAGUCCAGACGUCAAAUGGUUGAUCCGGGACUUACCUAGGUCUAACCAGAGCCUUAGUUUUAGAUUACCUUUCCUGUAGCCUGAACUCAUGGUAUUAUACUGUGUGUUUAUCCUAUAUAUUGAUCUGUCUUUGGUCAGUCGACUACAUUAGUGCGGUCACAUACUCGCACUACAGAACAAAUUGCUUUAGGUCGGUCCUUUAGUUUAAACUGGGCUAACUUAAUCUCACUUGGGAGCCAUGACCUUUAUAUUACAGGAAAGAAGCCAACGCCUUGUGAUUCGUCGCCUUGCAAGAACGCGGCUACUUGUACUGAUACAGAAACCACGUUUUCAUGCAAAUGCCCACCUGGAUUUAUUGGAAAACUUUGUGACAAAGGUACAAUGAACAAUAUACAAAUAAAGAAUGUCUAUGAGUGCAAUGGUGUGAUACAUAUUCAUGAGGUGAAAGAAGGAAGCAAAGUGGAAUAGAAAAUUACAUCUUUCACCGAAUCAAUCUUAUCGAUUUUUAUCGAAUUAAAUACCAAACGAAUGCAUAAUUGAGUUGCAUCUCAACGUCUAACAUUAAUAGAAAUUGAAAAAAAUAUGUCCAAAAAAAAUGUUUGAGUAAAGAUGUAAUGUAAUAAAGGCAUUCAUAACUGAAUAUUGUCGUAGAAAAUAUUAGUAAUUUUUACACCCUCUAUUUUGUUUCGUACAAUAACGUAAUUGAAUUUAAUUCCAUCGGUUUCGUUAUGAAGAUUUUGGUUACAUGAGCUAUUCAUGGAACAAAGCAUAUAGUGCAAAAUGAGUUCCAAUACACGCUCAGCAAAAUGGUGAUUUUUAUUCCAUAUCCUUGAUCAUAAUCAGCCAAUUAAAUGACCAGAAUUUAAAUGAGGUGUUGCACAAUAUAUUAAAACACUUGGAUGUUGUCUGUUUGAGUAUGUUUUGGCUAUAUAAAAAGUUGUCCAACGAACCGUUAGAUGAGUGAUCCUCCUGUUCUAAGUAAUGGAAAAAGUUUGAAAAGCUCAAAUAAGCUCGUACCGAAAGGUUUAGGCAUGCAGCAGAAUUGUGAUCGGCUACAGUUCAAAACUAUUUUGUUCCUAUUCGAAACAGCCGUCUGAUAUUUUCGCUCCAUUCUUGUUAAAAAUUACUUGUACUAGUAAUAUAAUUAUGCAUGCAGUAACAUAAUUGCAUCGUUUUAGAACCUCCAAAUCCUUGCGAACCAAACCCAUGUCAAAACGCUGGGAAAUGUGAACCACUGGGAAAUGCAUUUUCUUGUCGUUGUAAAGACAAUACGUUUGGCGGCCCAAGAUGUGAAUACAAACAAGGCAAGUUGUAUAUGGUUAGAUAGUUGACUGAUUUUCUUGUUGUUACUGCCCAAACAAGAUAUGAAUGCAAACAAGGCAACAUAAUUAUAUACCGAUAUUUGUGGUGUUACUCUGAGUGUAUAUCCACACCGGGCGAGCUUGAAAAAUAUGCCCGGCCACAGUGGGAUCCCACUGUGUCCGGGCAUAUUUUUCAAGCUCGCCCGGUGUGGAUAUACACUCAGAGUAACACCACAAAUAUCAUAUUCACCUGUGUACACACACCAACACAGAAAAAAUUCAUAAUUAUAGACUGUUAAAUAGUUGGUUAAUAUAUUUCCAAAGGCAAUAGCUUUGGCGGUGAAAGACACGAAUAGAAAAGCACGGCAAGUUAUAUAAAUCAUUGAAUAAAGAUUACCCUUUCUAUAAUUAUGUCCCAAAUGUCUGCAAGGCUUGGAGCCUCGUGCUCAUCCCUGCAUGCAGUGAAUCAAAAUGGUAGAUUGUAGUAACACGUUUUCUUAUCGCUGUGAAGAUUAUAAAAUAACUGUACGCAUGCAUGGCGAGUUAGAACUGCUUGUAUAUACGAGCCACUCAUUUUGAAAAGGGUUGUGUAUAAAACCGUUCGCACACUUUACUAAGUUAACAUUGAAAAAAUCCUCACUGUUUAAUAAUUUAGAACUUGUUAUGAACACAGCAACUUGAUUUAUUUGAUUUACUUGACUUACAUAUUUAGCAAUGUGUGAAGCUCAUGGCGACCCUCACUAUACCACCUUUGACAAGAGAAAGUAUAACUUCCAAGGACAAUGCAGCUAUGUUUUUGCCGAAGACUGCAGUGAAGAUAAGGUUUUUAAGGUAGUUACAACGAAUGUUAAAUGCGGUGUUCGUGGAGCUACUUGUACAGCUGCUGUUACGGUGUAUUUACAUGGAAGUGAAAUUAGACUAACGAGGGAGGUGCGAACUGUGAUAAUCAACAGAAUCAAAAUAAAGAAGUUUCCCAUCAAACGUCCAGGUCAGUUUGCAGAUUUAAUUCUAAAUUUUGGGCAGAAGUUAUAGUAUUUGUAAAGCAAGGGCAUACAUCACUAAAAUAUUUGAGUGUGACAUUUUGCGUCAAAACAUUCACGAAUGUACUACUAUACAUUCCUAACGUCGUGAAAUCGACAGUUUAAGAAUAGCUUAAAUAAGUUCGGAAGAAAUUGUGUUAAGAUUAAUGUACCUGCUGUGUUGGUGUAAUGGGCUAGUAUUUCAAAGGUCGUAGGUUCGAAUCCCGCCGUGGCCAGGCAUAUUUUUCAAGCCUGCCCGGUGUGGAUAUACACUCAGAGUAACAUCACACAAACACAUUACUGUACCUGUUAAUCUAUGUAAUAGUAAGAUAUUUUAGUAGUAAUAGGCGUAGUUUUGACACGUUCUUCUUGGGCUAGGAAGCAUCAAUUAAAAUUACGACGUCCAACUUGCAGUAAGAACUGCACUAAAUCCCACCGUUUUCGUUAUUAACACUGAGGAUUUUUUAAAACUCUCUGUACUUAUACGUUAUACGUUUAGGGAUACUAAUUGUACAAAGGUUCAAAAUCUAACCAUAAAACUUCGGCCUCUUAAACUGGAAAAAAGGGUGCAGUACUCCUCUAGUCCAAACAUUGAUGAUAUUUAUGUGGUCCAAGCAUAGAUAUCUUAUAUACACUAGAUAGCGCAUCUCUUUUAGCAAAAUUGAAGCCAAGAGUAUUCCAGCGGUUACCCCCAUUUGAAUAGAUGGCGGCCAUGUUGGUCGUUUCCACUUGCUAAUAAACGCUUAAAAACAACAAUAACUUUCAUCAUUGGAACAUUUUAAAAACGAAUUUGGAAUAGGGUUAACUUAAUGUUUAAACAUCCUGUUUAAGAAAUAGAAAACAUACGAAUCUUCUCAUUUCAUGGGAACGACCUGAGACUGCAAUCACGGCUUCAAUUUUUGAAUUGCAGAAUAAUUAGAUGCACUAUCUAGUGUAUAUAAGAUAUCUAUGGGUCCAAGCCUCGAUAAAGUUGUGACGGUCGUUACACGAAUUUAAGCAAUGUUUCUUUCUAGGUAUCUUACUUUGUAUGCCUUGUGCACGUGAUAGUGUUGUUUUAAUAGUAAUUUAACUACAGAAUAUGAUUUGUGAAGUUUAUAUUAGAAAUGAUCGCAUUUCCUGUGUUUUAGUUAGUUGGACAUCCUGUGUUUCCACACCAACACUCUUUAUUUUGUUGCUCGCUUCAUAAUAUGACUUCACGCUAAAAAUAGCGGCUUAAUUUGAAGUGCUUACCUGUGCGGCAAUGUUAGCUGAUCACACUCACCAUUAAUGUCAAUGACACCAUACCUAAUUUUUUUCAUGAUAUGAAACCGGAAACACAGGAUAUUUUUUGUCUUCCUAUGUAGUUUGAUUAAUUAAUUAUAUUUUUUAGGAUUUGUUAUAACGAACCCGUCAAGAACAUGGUUACGUUUACAAACGAGCAUUGGUUUAACGGUUCGAUGGAACAGCCAUACUAUUGUACGAGUGACCGUUGCAGGAAAAUAUCAUGGUAAAAUGUGUGGAUUGUGCGGCAACUUUAAUGGUGAUCGGUCUGAUGAUGUGCUGAAAACGAAACCGGAAUGCGUACCACCACCUAGUAGUUUGGUCUGCCAGCAUGAAGCUGCGAGUAAGAAUAAAUGCUAUAUGGAUAUGUGUAACUACAUGAACAUGUCAGUCUCGCCAUUUGCGCCUUGUAAUUCUGCUGUUGAUCCAAGUCAGUUGAUGAAAGAUUGUCGAUAUGACGCAUGUAAAUGUGAUGAUCCAAUGCAAUGUGUAUGCAAGUCGUUCGCAGCCUACAGUCAACAAUGUAGUGAUAAUGCAGUGAUUCUUGAGUGGAGAUUCCCAGGAACGUAUCUCUUUCCACCUUUACAACAAUGCGGUAAGGAUUAAGCUGAUUUUAAUACCAUGUCUGUUUAGACGUUAAUAAUCAGAUAUUCUUCAAAAGAAGUGGUCUUUUCAAUUAAUAGCUUUUAUUGAGUUCGACAUUGCCAAAGGUAUAUGACGGGUACCUCACAAAAUUGACAUUGACUUCGGUCAACUCGAUUUUAGCUGUAACGAAUUCCUCAUAUGCAUUACGACCACUGAUGAUCGCACUAUUAUUUAUUUAUUUAUUUAUUUAAUUCGCCUUGUACAUAUUACAGUGGCUGGGAAUCCGCAACAGCGUUUGCCAAUUACUGCGGGCCCGAAAUUACGGCCGCCAAUGAUUUAAUUUAUGCAUAGCAGCAUAUGCUUUGACUUUGUUCCAGAUUAAUGGAGGCACUGAAAAGAUUGUAACAAAACAAUUUCAACUAUGUUUUACUUAUAAUUUCAGCACAACAGUGCUCCAUUUCUGAUGAAAUUUGGACCGAAUGCGGCUCGUCGUGUGCUCGAAGCUGUCGUGAUUUGUCUGCCAAUUUAGCAUGCAAAGAAGAAUGUGUUCCUGGAUGUCAGUGUCGUGAUGGUAAACUUUUGAACAACGCAGGACAAUGUGUAUCUGCAGUGCAAUGUCCAUGCAAGUUUGAAGGAAAGAUUCUUAAACCUGGAGAGAGUGUGGACGUCGGAGACUGCACAACUUGGUAAGGAUAUUCACUGAUAUAUAAAAACCAGAUACGGCUUCCUCCCCACAGAAUGUUGACAGGGUGGGUUUGAGUGACCCCUAACCGACAUUUCCACCGCGGUUGUGCUUCGUGAUCAGUUAAUACGUUUUGGAGGGUUUUAAACAUUAGAUAAUAAAACAUAAGGCGAUAGUUAGAUAAUGAGAUUGACGUGGCCUCAUUGGUUUUUCAUUACACUGGUAAAUUACAACGGUAUAUAGAGGAAAGACUGGUUUCUAUCUAGACAAUAUACCUACCGUUUCCACCAUAAUUUAACACGCCUUUGAAAUACUUAGGCUAAGUACAAUUAUAUAGACAAUUAAACGCCAUGUGUCAUAUAACUGAUGAAUAUCUUCAUACAUCUUCAUAUAUCUUCAGUACAUGCAACAAAGGAGCGAUGAAGUGCGUUGAAGAUAAAGACUGCUUGAACAAAGGUAACUAAAAACAAAAGUUGGAAAAUUUUAGAAAUUGCUGGAAAGUAUUUCUUCUCCCUCUGUCUGUAAACUUCUAUGAGUUAUGUAAUAACUUUUAGAAUAAAGAAUGUCGACUAAGCUAUGCUCCGCAGUGCAUAAACAUCCCAUAAUUCAAAUGCACGUCCAACGUUUUACAGCGGUGGAAAUCUUGAGUGCUGGAUGUUGUCGUUAUUUUUCAAAAAAAUGUUUUUGUUCUAAAACUUUUGUUCCAUGUUCAUUCCUCUAGUCUAUCGUGUAAGCAGAGGUACUGCUGUAGAUACACUAUAUAAGUGUCACGAAAGUGUAAUUCUCUGUCACUUAACUAUAUACAUGUAGUUGCAAACAAUUACAAAGAAGUUGAACAUAAUUGCAUAUAGAAUAUUACCAAUGUGUUAACAUUCCAAUAGACAUUGGGGGAAAUUUAUUUUUGAAGCAACUUUUUGGUAUAUCGUUACUGCUUGGUAAUAGUAAAUAUCUUGAAUUUAAUGGUAACUUUCGUCCUUGAUUAUCGUUCUACAUUAUCUCAGGUAGCCUACAUGUUGUCAUUGCCAAUCACUGUGAUACCAGCUUUCCCACACUAUAAAUUCAAAAAAAUUCAAGAUAAAAAGGACUCGUUCUGAGGUCAACGUGACCCAAGACUGACUCCCUUCGGGGUCGUUUCGACUCCUUUGAAUAUACAGUGCAGUAUGAUUUUUUAAAUCUUCUUGUUUAAAUUGGAACCCACACAUGAAAACUAAUAUCAGAACACAUUAUUAGCAGGCAACUUUAAGAAAUAUAAUCUGAAUAAUAAUUGGGAUUCGGAGUGUGACUUUCACUUGAAAAACUCGACAUUCUCGAUAUAAUCAAAUAAAUACCUACAGUACGUAUAUUAUAAACAGCUUGGGCUGACAUGCAACUUUGCAUAUAUAAUUUAGUUUUUUGUAUGCUCUUUUAAUUUUUCUGUAGGUCAAUGCGAUUCCCAUCCAUGCAAGAAUAAUGGAAUAUGUUCUUCUUCGAACGAUGGCUCGUUUUCGUGCAAAUGCACAGCUGAGUACGAAGGUGAUACAUGUGAAGGUACGAAGAUAGGUUGAACUACAACUAGUCCCGAUUAAUAACGGCCUUAACUUUGAAGUAGGUUCAUGUUGUGUGCAGAUAUUUUACUAGGCUGCACAAAAUGGGUUUUAGGUAAACACUAUAGAUAAUGUUUGUUCGUGUUUUUCAAGGCGCGGAAAUAAACUGCAAUUUUGUUAUCAAAUUUAUUGCUUUGAUAUUUUUAGAACUAAAGCCACAACCAUGUGAUUCUUCUCCCUGCAAAAACGAUGGUAUUUGUACAAACAAAGGAACCUCGUUCUCGUGCGAAUGUAAAUGUGAUUACCAAGAGAAGACCUGUAAAGGUACAGUACAGUGGAAAAGAUGUCUUGGAUCUAAAAAGUUGUCAAACCUCGAACAUGUUGAAUAAAAAAAAUAUUGCAUAAUGUCUUGCCAUUGUUUCCUUCAGCCAUAAUUCAUAAGAGAAGUUUCAUUUCAUAUUAUCUUAUUUUUCAGAACUGAAAACCAAGUCAUGCGACUCUUCACCAUGCAAGAACAACGGAAUUUGUUCAAACGAAGGGGAGUCGUUUCAAUGUAAAUGUUUUGGAAUCUAUGAGGGAAAAACGUGUGAAGGUUUGUCUAAGUAAACCAACUAUUUAGUGACGCUUUCUACACGAUAGAAAUUGCAGGGACAAAUUGAGAGCUAAUAUGAUCCAGAACAAGCUCAUCGUUCCAGAACGUGUGUAGAUUGUACUAUAUGCUGAUGUAUACUAGAUAUUAAUAAGGCGAACUAAUAUAUUAUUUCAAGAUCUUAGUAGGGAAAGUUUUAAUUUAUUGCUAAAAUGUUGAAGUUCAGAAAAGUCUAAAGGCUCCAAAACAAUAUUAGAUGCUUCCAGAAUAAUUAAGAACACUUUAAACUUACAAUUUGAGCCUUAUUUUAUUGAAAAUAGAUCAAAGUAAAAGAAUACAAAAAAUUUUAACUGAACCUACAAUGCCAUGUAAUCAAUACUCAGCUGCAUGGCCAUUUUUCUUUGCAAUUUCUACUGGUGCCAUAUUCUCUAUUGUUCACGGUCAUAAUUGAAAGAUUUGAGAGACAACUUAUAGCGGAUCGCCGCUUCUGGUGCCCCAGUUGGUUGUGCACAGUUGUCUUCUCGCAGACAGAACAGUUCAGAACCUAAAACUCUCGGCAAACUUGACUAUUUUCUUUCCAAUUAAUUUGCGCGGUGGUUUAAAAAAAAUUAAAGGCUGUAACGAAUUUGAUAAUAGUUUUUUUUUAUGCAGGCGCAAUUAAUUGCUUAAAUAUAUUUUGUAGAGGCAAAGUGCACGGAGACCAAACUUGAUAUUCUUCUAGUCGUUGAUGGAUCUGGUAGUGUUCGAAAGGCAAAUUUUGCAAAAGUGAAACAGUUUAUUCAGAAGCUCAAUACAAGAUUUGAUAUUGGACCUGAGAAGACUCAAGUAGCGUUAAUGCAGUUUGGUGAACCAAUUAAAACAAGAAUUGAAUUCAGUCUUGGAGAGAAGAAAACGCUGCAGGAAGUGAAUCAAGGCGUUGAGGAAAUGGAAUAUCUUAGAUCACAAACCGCCACUGGUGAUGCGUUACGCAAAAGCAGAGAAGAGGUAAGGUUUUUGGACCAUGUCUGUCUACUAUAGCUUCACCUUAACAUGAGUUCUUAUAAUGCUGGUUUGUACAGUAAAUAAAAUAUUACACGAAACAUUUUCAGUACCUAGGCAUAUUAAUACACUUUGAUAAAGAAAACUAGGAGCCUUUUCUGUAAUACUAAACGAAAAUCCAUCCUAUACAGGAUACACUUCCUUUAAGGGGCAAGAAAUCGUGCAUAAGAUCUCUGUGCUCAAGAUCUCCAAUUAUUAGUUACUUGAGCUGCUUAGUAGCCUUGGUAAAAAGUUUUAGGUAUUAUGAUGUUGUAAGGUGCUUCCCCCAAUUGUUCACAUCACGCUCAAUUCAAUGCAGGCUGAAAACGUGCACGUUUCGAUCGAAACAUGCAUGUGAAUGCUUUCAAAUGGUGGAACUUCCUCAGACGUUGAUGCCUUGCUAGCUCUCGUAUUAGGAUUGAAAUAUUACAUAAAUCAUAACAAUACAUGUAUGUCAAACUAAUAUGUCAUAAAUCUAAGCAAUAUGUUUGAUCAAAGAUAUGCAACAGAUUUCAAGGAAAGAGUAUAGAGUUAAGUGAAAGCAAUUAUGUAUACAUACAUUCAGCUCGCACCACAUCGGGACUUUUGAGUGACCGAUUACAUCGAGUAUUACACUUACUUCAUAUAUUAACUGUAUUUCACCUACUUAGCCAAGACUAUUAAUCUUUACAACAAUUGCAACACUACUUUCCUUCUCCUACCAUGUCAACAUUCCAUGUGGGAAGAAACUGGAUCGCUCGAAGAAAAACGCACGACUUUCGGCAGAGCGUUGAACUCUUUUCCACGAUUCGGAAGCGAGAAUCAAACUCGCGAUCUCAGAGAUAAAAGCCUUCCUUAUCAGCAUGCAAUUAUCAGAAAUUCUAUUUUAAUAUUCACAGAUUUUCAAUGGGAAAGAUCGCACUGAUGCUCCCAACGUCCUUCUGCUCUUCACCGAUGGGCAAGCUACGGAUAAACAGGGCAAAGACUACCAAGUUGAACAAGCAAAGAAGCUGAAAGAUGAUGGAGUGAAAGUUAUUACCGUGGGAAUGGGAGAAAGAGAAACAAUUGACAAAUUUCGUGAAAAAAUGAGAGAAAUGGCAAGCAGAUCUAGUGAUAGUGCUGCACCUUUGAUGUUUGAAGCAGCUUUUGAAUAUUUAAAUUUUAUUGUCAAUAAUCUUGUCGAGGAAGCAUGUGAUACUUCGGCAGCCGGUUAAGAAUUUUGGAACAAUCGUAAAAAGUGGACAUUUUAUAUAAAGUAACUAAUAUAUGUGUGAGUUUGUACUUCAACAUUGAAUAGUUCAUGUAACAAUACAUAUAUGUAUUUGCUUUUGGAUGGCAUAUGCCUGCUUCUUCUUAUGUAUAUUUAAUAUUAGCAAAUUGUCUGUAUUGAAGUUAAUAAAAAAUUUACACAAACGAA